GGGUGGUGGUUGUAUAAAAUAGCUGAGCAAUUACAUACAGACAUCCAAUAGUCGGUGUAAGUUCGGUGACUAGUCAGUGAAUUCAGUGGUUAUAAUCUUUUCUGUUUAUUUUAACACAAGUCAAUUUUUUUACAUUUUCAAAAUGAACGGUCUUCUUUUGUGUCUCGUCGUCGCCACGGUCGCCAUUGUCUCCGCUGAGCCACCAAGCAGUUACAGCCGACCAUCGUUCGGCGGUGGACACUCAUCCGGCGGUUUCGGCGGUUACUCUUCAGGCGGCGGCGGUGGAGGAUACUCUUCAGGCGGAAGCGGUGGCGGAUACUCUUCAGGCGGCAGCGGCGGUGGCUACUCUUCAGGCGGCAGCGGCGGUGGCUACUCUUCCGGCGGCAGCGGUUACUCUUCCGGCGGCGGCGGAUACUCGUCCGGCGGCAGCGGAUACUCGUCCGGCGGCAGCGGUUACUCGUCCGGCGGCAGCUACGUGCCAGUAGCACCGGGACCAUCCACAUACGAAGGACAGUACGUCGACGGACAGUUGCUCGAACAGAUCAAGCAGAUCGUGCUCAGAGACGAAGCCCAGAACUCCGGAUCCUCCUCCGGCGGAUACCCAUCAUCGUCCUACGGCGCUCCGUCCUCAUCCUACGGCGCACCGUCAUCGUCCUACGGCGCCCCAUCAUCGUCCUACGGAGCCCCAUCAUCGUCCUACGGAGUCCCGUCCCAGUCGUACUCUAGCCGCGUCGUCGGCGUCGAAUUGGAACAGGUGAAACCAGCAAUCCAAGUGGCCCAAUUCCAACAGUCCGGCGGAUACUCGUCCGGUGGCGGUGGCGGUUACUCGUCCGGCCCGUCCUCCUCCUACGGAGCUCCAUCCUCCAGGCCGUCGUCGUCCUACGGAGCACCGUCGUCCUCUUACUAAUAGCUUUCGGUGCGCAGCAGCUCGGCCCGUCGUUACCAUCUCGCACGAAAAACACCACAAACCGCAGCAAACCGCAUAACAAAUAUCCAUCAUCAUCGUAUGACGUACACAGACUAUCCUCCGCCCUUUCGACGCCGCCGUGCCAGACCGCGACGUACAUCAGCCUUUACUGCGUGUUAUAUUAUUAUUAUUAUUAUGCACUAUCGCGAUCUGCAGUUCUUCUCGACAACAUUUAAAUUAAAAUUUUAAAUUUAAAUCAAAUUUAAAAACGCGAGUGUACGAUAUAUAUAUUGUACGUAAUAUAUAUUAUAAUAAUAUAUAUAUAUUAUUAUUAUUACCAUCGACAUCACGACAUGGCGACGCGAAAGAGCACUUAUUUUUCGUAUUUUUUCUAAACUGUAUUUUUUUUUAUAUUUUGUUAUAUAUAUAUAAUGUUUUUUUUUAUCUAUUGUUAUAUACGCGCGUAGUCGAAAGUUAAGCCAUAUCGCAUAUUUAGAUACUUACAUAUUAUUAUGAUAAAAUAUUACAAUAGUGAAUACUAGACUAAAUGUAAUAUUGUCUGAUCAUUUUUUUAUGUAUAAAAACAAUACGGCCAAAAGAUGAUAGAUAAAGAUUCUAUUUUUUUAUAAAA